CAACUGAAAGAAGGGUCCUUUUCCUAGAAGAGUCGCAGCCGGUGUCUCUGGAAGGUUCUUAACGGAGCGGGAGAUAAAUCCGAAUCUUUACCCAUCUGACACCAGGCAAUAAUUUCUGUGUUUUGGGGUACAUCGGUCCCCAUCAGAAGUAUUAUAGUAACAUAUUCCGGCGAAAAUAAGUAAGGAUGCCUGAACCAAUGUCUGCUCCAAAGAUGUCAAAUGGUGGCAUGAAAAACAAAGGACGAGGUGCAUAUGUGGACCGUGACAAGCCAGCACAGAUUCGUUUCAGUAAUAUCUCCGCAGGGAAAGCUGUUGCUGAAUGCAUCAGAACCAGCCUGGGCCCUAAGGGCAUGGACAAAAUGAUCCAGGAUGGGAAGGGUGACGUGACCAUCACUAAUGACGGAGCCACCAUUCUGAAACAGAUGCAGGUGCUUCACCCUGCAGCUAAGAUGAUGGUGGAGCUGUCCAAAGCCCAGGAUAUUGAAGCUGGUGAUGGCACCACCUCUGUGGUGGUGAUAGCUGGUGCGCUGCUGGAUGCGUGUGCCAAACUGCUGCAGAAGGGCAUCCACCCCACCACCAUCUCAGAGUCCUUCCAGAAGGCUGUGGACAAGGGCGUGGAGGUGCUGACAGGCAUGAGCCAGCCAGUGCUGCUGAGUGACCGUGAGACUCUACUGAACAGCGCCACCACCUCGCUGUGCUCCAAGGUGGUGUCUCAGUACUCCAGCCUGCUGGCACCCAUGAGCGUGGACGCGGUGAUGCACGUCAUUGACCCGGCCACUGCCACCGGCGUGGACCUGCACGACAUCCACAUCGUCAAGAAGCUGGGUGGGACCAUUGAUGACUGCGAGCUGGUGGAUGGCCUGGUGCUGACCCAGAGGGUGGUAAACUCCAGUGUGUCCCGUGUGGAGAAGGCAAAGAUCGGCCUCAUCCAGUUCUGCCUGUCCCCGCCUAAAACCGAUAUGGACAACCAAAUAGUGGUGUCUGACUAUGCCCAGAUGGACCGUGUGCUACGCGAGGAGCGUGCCUACAUCCUCAACCUGGUCAAACAGAUCAAGAAGGCAGGCUGCAACGUCCUGCUCAUCCAGAAGUCCAUCCUCAGGGAUGCUCUGAGUGACCUGGCCCUUCACUUCCUGAACAAGAUGAAGAUCAUGGUGGUGAAAGAGAUCGAAAGGGAGGACAUUGAAUUCAUCUGCAAGACCAUUGGCACCAAGCCAGUCGCCCACAUCGACCAGUUCCUUCCGGAGAUGCUGGGUUCCGCUGAGUUGGCAGAAGAAGUCAGUCUGGAUGGCUCUGGCAAGCUGGUCAAGAUUACAGGUUGCACCAGCCCCGGGAAAACUGUGAGCAUUGUGGUGCGCGGCUCCAACAAGCUGGUGAUUGAGGAGGCGGAGCGCUCCAUCCAUGACGCCCUGUGUGUCAUCCGCUGCCUAGUCAAGAAGAGAGCAUUGAUUGCUGGUGGCGGUGCCCCCGAGAUCGAGCUGGCCCUGCGCCUGGCAGAGUACUCCCGCACUCUCCCAGGCAUGGAGGCGUACUGCGUGAGAGCAUACGCUGAUGCCCUGGAAGUUGUGCCAUCCACACUAGCCGAGAAUGCCGGCCUGAACCCCAUCUCCACCGUCACAGAGCUCCGCAACAGACAUGCCCAAGGAGAGAAGACCGCCGGGAUCAAUGUCCGCAAGGGUGGUAUUUCCAACAUCCUGGAGGAACUGGUGGUUCAGCCUCUACUGGUGUCUGUCAGUGCCUUGACUCUGGCCACUGAGACUGUCCGCAGCAUUCUCAAGAUUGACGAUGUGGUUAACACCCGAUAAGGAGAAGGGUGUUUUAUCAAUGUAGCAAGAACCCAACCUGUUACUGCACUGCUUGUUCCACCAGGGAUCCUAGGACCAUCUGCUUGUUAAGACCUCUAUGUCCAGAAGACCUCUAGUUGUUGCGUAAUUUAAUAAAACCUGUCUUUUUGGACGCUUCA